AUGCCGUCUGUAAAUGGAGAGGCUCGCUUCAUCAACUACCCGGAGAUUCGGGAAGGCCCUUCAGUGCCUUACAAGAAUGAAGACCAGGUCAUCCCCGUGUUCCGCGGAAUACCUCUGGCUAUCGGAGCUUCGCUGAUCUCAAAUGUCGGAUUGGUCCAGAGUUUCUUCUGGCGUGGUGCGGGCUUUGGAGUAAUCCGUGAGAUCCCAAACCUGGACCAAUACUCCGCUCGCUACGAUCCGACCGUCACCCCUGUUCACAGCGAUGAGCAGUCCACAUCAAGCGCUAUAUCCAGCCUUCCCGCCCCAGAAGCGAGAAGGAAGGGUGAUGCGGGCUAUUACACCACGGCCGAUUACCAUGCUCUCUACCGAUCUGGCGAGUUGACUCCCACAGCCGUCGUGGAUGCGCUCCUCUCCGUAACCCGCCGUGACACUGAGCCGCCAGGAAAACAUUCGGUUGCGUUUUUAGAAUGCGCGAUUGAGAAGGCUCGCACUGCGGCUGAGGCGUCGACGCAGCGGUACAAGAAUGGUAAGCCCCUAGGGCCGCUGGAUGGUAUCCCAGUUACGGUGAAGGACGAAGUUCAUAUGGCGGGAUACCGGCGGACACUGGGAACAAAAAUGGACUUUACGGGAGAAUCGGCUGGGUCUACAUCUUGGUGCGUCAAGAAGUGGGAGGACGCUGGUGCCAUAGUCAUCGGGAAGUCUACAAUGCACGAGCUGGGCUUAGACACAACAAACAACAACCCCAACUUCGGGACACCCAAGAACCCUCAUAACCCAGAAUACUACUGCGGUGGCUCAUCCGGCGGCUCCGGCUAUGCAGUCGGCGCUGGCCUCGUCCCCAUCGCUCUAGGUGCCGACGGCGGAGGCUCAAUUCGCAUACCCUCCUCCUUCUGCGGCGUUUGGGGUCUCAAGCCCUCACACGGCCGAGUCAGUGGCUCCCCAACCGUCAGCAUUGCCUCUACGGUAGGCGUGCUAGGUCCCAUCGCCUCAAGCAUCGACGACCUAGCCCUGGCCUACAGAGUCAUGGCCACACCUGCAAACCCCUCCGAAGACCCAAACUCCGCCGCCUUUCCCAAUCCCCUCUCCGAACUCACUUCAACACCACCAGAAUCCCGACCCCGGAACAAGACAAUCGGCAUCAUGCACGACUGGCUCGACCGGGCCGAGCCCGCCGUCCGCUCAACCUUCAACAAAGCCCUAGACUUCUACCGCAGCCAGGACUACACAAUAAUUGACAUCUCAAUCCCAUACAUUCCCGAAGGCGCACGCGCACACGUCCUAACAAUCAUGGCCGAAAUAGCAUCAGCUCUAUCUCCGUCCCAAAUCCAAAACCUCACUGCGCCGAACAAAGUCCUCGUCUCCAUGGGCAUGUAUCAGAUUUCAUCCCAGGACUUCCUAGCCGCGCAACGCCUCCGCGGGCUUCUCAUGUCCCAUCUCGCGUUCUUGUUUCAGAAACACCCCGGUCUGCUCAUAUUUACUCCCACGAGCCCGAUACCCGGGUGGAAGAUUGCCGGUGGGGACGCGGAUCUUGUGCGUGGCGUCUCCGACGGGAAGUCUUCUGUGAGGAAUAUGGAGUAUGUUUGGCUGGCGAACUUUACGGGGUGCCCGGCUAUUUCUUGUCCGGCAGGGUAUGCGGAGGAUAAUGGGCAUCAGGUGCCGAUUGGGGUUAUGGCAAUGGCCGAGUGGGGGGCUGAAGAAGAUCUUAUUGCGUUUGCAAGGGAUGGAGAAGAAAUUUUGGACCUCGCAGAUGACAAGUCCGUGGCGGAAUCUGGUGAACAAAAGGGCUUGGCUAUUCCGCGUGGCAAGGAGUCGAAGUGGGAGGAUGUAAUUGGGAAUGCUAAGAAGUUGGUCGGGGGGUCAUAG